GAGCUGCUGCCGUACUAGCUGCUGUGCGCUGUUCGCUCUGAUCGCGUCGCCUUUUGGUGGUGGUGGUUUUUUUCUUUGUUGUUUCAUUUCCCUUUUUGUUUUUACUUUGGUGGAUCCGCCAUCCGUUGUGCAGCAUGGCGGAGAUCAGCAACACGACGGGCUUUAUGCUGCAGACGAUGCUGUUUAUGGUGCAGCACGAGCUGAACAACUCGCUGAUCCACCUCAUCCACAAUGGUACGCUCAGUGGGGAAAGCAACAGAACGACUGGUGAGUUCUCGGUGCCCGAGGAUAUGCGGUGCUACGGUGUGUACGGGUGUUUCCCCAUCACGUACCCGUGGAUCGACGAGAAGCGACCGGUGGCGUACCAUCCGUGGUCACCGGCGCAGGUCGACGUGCGCUAUCCGGUGUUUACCCGCGUCAACACCACCCAUCCGCUGUUCAUCAACCUCAACGAUCCGGCCAGCGUUCGCCGGCUCGGCAUACGGCCGGAAGGGCGGAUCUACUUCAUCACGCACGGCUACAUCGAGUCCGGUGAUCGACCGUGGAUCCAGCAGAUGGUGGAUGCGUUCCUCGCGAACGAUCCGGAGCAGACGGCCACCUGCAUCGUGAUCGAUUGGCGUAAGGCGUCCAACCCACCGUACACGCAGACGUGCGCCAACAUCCGGCUGAUCGGUGCGAUCACCGCCCACGUCAUCAACAUGCUAUACGAGGAGCUGAACAUGGUUGACCUGGACCGGGUGCACCUGCUCGGGCACUCGCUCGGUUCACAUCUGUGCGGUUACGCCGGGUACUACCUGCAGAAGGACUUUGGGCUCCAGCUCGGUCGCAUUACCGGGCUCGAUCCGGCCGAACCGCUGUUCUCCGAUACGGAUCCGCUGGUGCGGCUCGACCGUAGCGAUGCCAAGUUCGUCGACGUCAUCCACUCGGACGGGUCGGAGUGGGUGAGCAAGGGUGGCCUGGGGAUGUACCAGCCGAUCGGGCACGUCGACUUCUACCCGAACGGUGGCUACAAUCAGCCGGGCUGUAACGAUCCGAUGACCAAGUUUAUCCGCAAGCACGACGAAUCGUUCUUCUGGGGUUUUCAGGAGUUUUUCGGCUGUAACCAUCUGCGGUGCCACCAGUUCCUGACCGACAGUGUGCUCCACCGGUGCCCGUUCGUUGGUAUCGGGUGUGAGUCGUACGCGGCGUUCCGGCGCGGUGAGUGUUUCGAGUGUGACCGGAACGGUCACUACUGUAUCGAGUUUGGGUUGAGGGCGCGCGACAGCUACCGGCGGUUGAUCGAGCACGGUAUCAUCACGGAUCCGGCGGCACCGCUCAGUGUUUACAUGUUUACUGGACCGGAUUCACCGUACUGCCGUUCCCACUACCGGGUGCUGCUGCGUGUGUCGGACGGGGAGGAAAGCCUGAUCCACGGUGGCGAGAUCGGCAAGAUGUCCCUGGAGGUGCACGGUGAGGGGGGACGGCGGUCCGGCCGGAUGGACUUUUCGGCCGAUCCGGUGUACUUCGAGCCGGGCCAGAACUACACGGCCAUCAUGGCGGGGGCGGACGUCGGGCCGGUCCCGCUGAAGGUGCUGCUGAGCUGGGCGUACCGGACCAAUCCGCUCAAUCCGCUCACCUGGCGCCUGCUGGCGUCACCGCGCGUUUACGUGCAGGAGCUGGUGAUGCAGCUGCUCGAGCAGCGGCUCAGUGUGCGGUUCUGCCCCCCGAACGGGGCGCCCGUUGUGGCGGAUGCGGACAAUGAGUUUAAGCGCGAGUACUGCUGAAUAAACGGGUCACGGAAAUAAAGCCACCAAGCACCGUUGGACAGCGGAAAAGGA